AUGGUUUCCAAGCUUGCUCUCGCUCUCUUCUUCGGUAACGCACUCGCAGGCCUCGCAGGACGUGCCAUUCCUCCUCGCUGUGCCACAGAGCCUACCCCCGAGCAAGUCCAGAACGCUCAGAACCUCAAGAAGAUAGAGUCCAUCUCCAGAGUCGCUACAUCUUCCAUCACCAUCGACACCUACUUCCAUUUUAAAGCCUUGAAUGAUGCUUAUCGUCCCCAUAAUAUCACCUUUAACCUCACUAAUACCACUUUUACCACUAACUCUGACUGGGCUGACGGAAAUGAAGAGGUUGCUAUGAAGCGACAGCUUCGUCAGGGUGAUUACAAGACUCUGAAUUUGUACUUCACUGAUGCACCUAAUAUCUCAACUGGUUCUGAUACCUUUAUUAUUGACGGUUGCGUCGUCGUCGCCGAGACUGUCCCCGGAGGAUCGUUAACUCGUUUUAACCAUGGUGGAACUGCUAUCCAUGAGGUUGGUCAUUGGUUUAACCUCUUCCAUACAUUCGAAGAUGGUUGUAGGGACGGAGACCUCGUUAGCGAUACCCCUGCCCAGGCUAGCGCAACAAAUGGAUGUCCUGCUCGAAGGGACAGCUGCCCUUUCCAGGCUGGCGAUGACCCUAUCCAUAACUUUAUGGACUACUCUGAUGAUGUUUGCUAUGAGGAGUUUACUGCCGGUCAGAAGAUCCGUAUGCAUACUGCUUGGACCACUUACCGCAAGUAG